CAGAUCCUCGGAGUUGCGUGCAACAACACCUCGGCGAACAUCAAGAUGCUGGCACAGAUUGAAGUCGAGCUCGACAACUUCUUGGCUAGUGUCGGACACGUUCGAUGCUUUGGGCAUGUAAUUCAGCUUGUCAGCUUCGCGCUCUUGAAGCACUUCAAC